AUGGAGGAAACAAAAAAAGGUGCCCAGUCAAUAAGCAUUGAAGAACUAAAGAAUAAAGGUAACGAUUGUGUUAAAGAUGGAAAGUACAUUGAAGCUGUUUUACAUUAUACGCAAGCAAUUAAGAUGGAUCCGAAUAAUUACGUACUAUACAGUAACAGAUCAUUUGCAUUUCUUAAAUUAGACCAACAUUAUUUAUCUCUACAGGAUGCAAAUGAAACUGUAAGAUUACAACCUCAGUGGGCUAAGGGUUAUUUUAGACGUGCGGAGGUCGAAGCUGCUAGUGAAUUGUAUGAUGAAGCAAUUAUUUCUUAUACAAGAGCCCUACAACUUGAGCCACAUAACCCUAAGUUAAUGGAAUCCAUUAAAAAUAUAACAGAUAUGCAAAAAAGAAAAUUGAGAGGUUACCAAAAUAUUAUCUGGAUCUGCACCUGUGUUGGUUUUAUCAUUGGCAUUAGUGUAGUUAUAAUGGAUUAUACCUUAACUACAAACCCAACACUAACACAUCCUAUUAGUAUGGUGGCAUUUUCUAUAGCAUUGGCUGGCUUGGGAUGGGUUAUAGGAAAAACAUCAAUUUCAAUGAGCUCAUGGAGUGCAGGAAAAUCUCUUCAUCCUCCACCUGAUUUAGUUUCUAAUGAGGCAAGUGAUAAAGAAACAAGUGUACCAGAAAAAAAAACUAAGUACAGUAAAGCUCAAGCAAGACAAAGGUAUAAGCAGGGAAAACUU